AUGGGUCUUUCAAUCUCAUUCAUCAGCACCAUCUUGAUGAUGUGUCUACUGCUUCCAGAUCUCAAUGUCGUCGUAGUAGAAUCUGCAACAACGGAAUACACAACCUUAAUCUACAAAGGAUGUGCAAAACAGGAAUUCUCAGAUCCAUCUGGUUUAUACUCACAAGCACUCUCUGCUAUCUAUUUCUAUUAUUUUUCAAUUUUACAGACUGCUGCACUAGAUGGUGUUAGGUUGUGGGACUUGCGCAAGUUAAAGAACUUCCGAACAUUUGACUUUCCAGAUGCAAACUCGGUGGAGUUCGACCACAGUGGAUCUUAUCUUGGCAUUGCUGCUUCAGAUAUAAGAGUAUUCCAAACAGCUAGUGUAAAAGCAGAAUGGAACCCAAUCAAGACUCUUCCCGAUCUGUCCGGUACAGGUAAAGCAACAUGUGUUAAGUUUGGACCCGACUCCAAAUACAUAGCAGUCGCUUCAAUGGACCGUAAUCUGAGGAUAUUUGGUUUACCUGGCGAUGACAAUACCGAAGAUUCUGCACAAGAUUCAUGAAGAGAUUUUUAAGUCCCAUCAUCAAGAGUAGCUAAAUCCUCAAUCUUUUCGAUUUUUGUUGUAUCUUUACAGUUCUGUUUGGUAGCUUUUUGAUGGUCCUUUCACAAUCACAUACACAUGAGCUCUCCCUUUCUUUCUCAAUCUACAACUUCAAGUCCGAAGUUUCUCGUAACAUCAUUACUUUAAGUAUCUGCAAUUCUUCACCUUUCUAUCUU